CCGAUAGGCAUGCACCUGAAGAAGUACGAGUGGGUAGGAAGGCCAGACAUAGGAGACUGUUCUCUAUGGGUGAGAACCGCCACGUUGGAAUUCGACGACGGGCUAUGGCAAUGCCAGGUGACAGCCAGCGAUUUCACCACGCAGGACGCGUUGGCAUCCGAGCCAGCCAGGCUGGUCGUCAGAGUCAGCCCUCAGCGACCGCAGAUAGAGUACGCGGAUCGUCUAAUUCUACCCGGCAGCAACGUGACAGCCCGAGCAGGUGAGAUCGCUACGCUCACUUGCAGAGCGCGGUAUGGGAAUCCUUCGCCUCUAAUUAAAUGGUACGUGGGCGAGACCGAGGUGAGGACUCUAAGGCCGCAGGUAAACUCCACGGAGAUUGAUAAUCCUCGAACUUGGGCGACCUACAGCAUCUGCGAGAUUAUGGCUGAGAGGUCGCGCUACGGGCAGCCGAUUCGGUGCGUCGCCAUUCAUCCUGCCUACGACAAUCCUACCAUGUCUUCGAACACGGAAGUGAGAUUCGACGUUAGAUACGCGCCCGAAACGAGACUUGUCGGUGUUCCUACCGGGCAACUGGAAGAGGGUCGAGAUCAGCUGGAGAUUCGAUGUCUAGCCGACGCAAAUCCGCCAGCUUCUAUCCUCUGGAGGAGAACGAAGAGCCUCGGUGUGACAGAGGUGGCAGGAAUAGGCGAGACUCUGCUGUUCUCGCCGAUCUAUAGAAAUCACGCGGCAGUCUAUAUUUGCGAGGCAGCGAACACCGAGGGUGAAAGCAGCCCCGUGUCCGUUCAAGUGUCCGUCAACUAUCCGCCGACGAUCAGCUCGGUCGGGCCAGAUAGGCUGACUACGGCGUUGCUCUAUUCCGGAACCUCGUUCGAGUGCACUGCCGACGCCAUGCCACCGGCUGAAUACAGGUGGGCGCAGAUCUUCACCGAUGGCCGGAUGCCAUUGGAAUGUGGUACCGGGUAUCGAUUGAUCCUGACGAACGUGACGUACGAGCAACAGGGUCAAUACAUAUGUCUCGCCUCGAACAAGAUCAACGGGAACGUCCGGGAAGUUAAAAGCGACCCUGUAUCUCUGCAAGUGAUCGGUGCGCCCAGGGUGGUGAAGCCGGCGUUCGCGGAGAAGUUAGUGGUGGCUACUACCGAGGGGAGCCCGGCGAAAUUAGAGAUCAGACUGUGCUCCAACCCGAAGCCCCGGCUGGUGGCCUGGGAAUGGGGCAGCACCAGACUCCACGCCGGUGAGGUCCUGGAAUCGCGGUAUCGGGCGUUGGAUCUCGAGCCGUUAGCUCUGGAGGAUUGUUAUAUAGCUGUUUUAGAACUGACUAGCACGGUCAAGGAGGAUCAGAGAGUGUACCAUGUAAUCGUGGAGAACGAUCGUGGUAGCGAUCGUCGUACCUUGAUGCUUCGAGUCGACGAACCCGGCCAGAUUCCACUCGUUAUCGGCGCUGUCGCUGGGUUUACGGUGCUCUCGGUGCUGGUAAUGGGAUUCGUUUGUUUCCUACGCUCGGAUAGAUGCUGCGUGGCCAGAAAUACGGUGCCCGCGCUGCAGCAAGUGCAUUGUACAAAGGCGUCGAACACGAUGAUAGAGGAUCCACGUUUAGCGGUGGACACGAUGGAACGCGGUAGCCAGCAGUACGCGUCUGAGAAAAGACCGAAUCACGUCCUGAAGCCUGUACCGUCGCAGCAAUAUCAGCAAGAGUGUUAUCAACACGAUCCACCGCACCAACAGCAACACUAUCAGAGGCAUCAUCAUCACCACGGCCAACCCCAUGGACCACAGUACACGAUUCAGGGGGAGCAGCUGUUUCUCAAACCAGAUCGUUUAGCGACUCUGAAGCCCCAUUGCAAGAUCGAGAAGCCGCCGCAGUACACCACGUUCAAGCCCAGUUCGAACAACUGA